UCACGUUCAAUACCGAGCAGCAACAAGCAAUUGUAAAAAUGUGAAUUUCAACUGCGCUAUUCCAACAAUUUUGACGAGGAUUGGAAACUACUGGAGAAGGAAGAUUGCGUUGGAACGAUCCGUUAAGAAUGUUAAAGUCGGAAAUUGAGAGACUGACGGUUGUUUUUAUUGCAGGUGAGAAUGGAAACAUAUGUUGCCUGUUGCUCCGCAGCUCCGCUAUACGCGCAGCACACACACAUACGUGUGAUUACAGCAUGAGUCCAACUGGUGACAGGCCCUGUUAGGCCUGAACAGACGGUGUGUGUUGGUGGAGGCUCAUCAGUCUCCAGUAUGGAGUAUUUGGUAUGAGCCGUGGCCUGUCUGUUGCUUCUUGGGUCGGUCCAGUGGUGUGGUGUCCCUGUCUCUUGGCGGGAUGCUGAGGGCAGGUGGUCCCCACCAGUAUGACUCCCCUGGACAUGUGGCUGUCCCGCUCCAUCCCCAUGUGCCUGCUCCUCCAGAGCCUGGUCCUCAUGGCCCUGUGCUUCCCCUCCGCCUCCAUGUGUCCCAAGGGAUGCGUCUGCCAGCGGGCCCGACCCGACCCUGGCCUCCACCUCGGCCCGGGGCCCCUGGGGCUGCUCCUUGGCCUCAACGUCACCUGCACCGGGUCCCGGCUCAAAGAGAUCCCCCCGGACCUGCCUCCAGACACCGCCGUGCUCCGCCUCGACCACAACCAGAUCAUGGCUGUCCCCGACCACGCCUUCCGGGGCCUAAGGCUGCUGCGGGAGCUCAAUCUGUCCCACAACGCUGUGGAGACGCUCGGGGAGGGCGCCUUCAGUGGCGUGGAGGCCACACUGCAGGUCCUCGACCUCUCACACAACCGCAUUACUAGUGUGCACAAAGAUGCGUUCGCCAGGCUCAAAGCACGUGUCCUGGUGGACGACAACCCCUGGCACUGUGACUGCACGCUGCAGCAGGCACUGGGCGGCAUGGCCCACAACCACGAGGCGGCUGCACGCGUCCUCUGCCGGAGCUCCGAGCUCCAGGAGCAGGAGGGACGCCAUUUCCUGGCGGUGGACACAGACCUGUGUAACCUGGCCAAGAGGACCACGGACUACGCCAUGCUGGUGACGAUGUUCGGCUGGUUUGCCAUGGUCAUCUCCUACGUGGUGUAUUACGUACGGCAGAACCAGGAGGAUGCCCGGCGACACCUGGAGUACCUCAAGUCGCUCCCCAGCAAGCCUGUGAAGCCCAACGAGGUGGAGGACAUCAGUACUGUGGUGUAACAUGAUAUCAUCACUACUGGACACUAUAGGACAUCAGUAGUCCGGUGUGACAUCCCUAUAGUGAGAACUGACUGUAUACCAUAGAAUUAGAUUGUCUAAUUAGUUCUAGAAUUAGAAUGACUAAUUGGUUCUAAUUCUAUGCAUGAACAGCAGAAGUUCCGACCUAAACCCGGAGAUAGGACCCAUAUUUCUAGUGUUUACAACUGGUUCCAAAUUUCAAGAUGGAUGUAACGUCUUCUGUUGUGAAAAUGUUUUUAUUUUGUCCUACCUGUGGUGUACUUUAAAAAAAUCAUGAUAGAUUAAACCUGGAUCCUUGUAUUUGAAGCUUCACACUCAAUAUGUGUAAAUUACAAAAGUAAACAUUGAGAAAACCCCAUUUUUAAAAGAGGAGAAAUGCUUUAAAUGUUAGCGUUUGUCUGUAGGCAUCAAUCUAAAGUCAAGCAUUUUGGAAUGCACAGCGUACAUGUCAGAAUAUAGACGACAGUUAGUUCAUAUCAGAGUAACAGAAAGGUAUAGACUAUGGGUGUAACACAGAUGGCUUCAUUGAGAUCUGUUCUGAGAUCUGUUCUGAGAUCGUUUAAAAAAAAUCUGAAUCUCAGGUUAAAAUUUUGAUAGGUUGAUAAAUCUUUUUUAGAGCAAAAUCUGGAGAAAUGGUUUGUUGGACUAAACUUUUGUAAGGUAAUCUGAAGAGUGUUCUGUGUUUGUGCAUCCAACUGCAUACUUUGUUUAAUUUUAUUUGAACAAAUAACGGGCCCAAACAUCAAUCAUGAAAAUUACCUUAAAUUUUCAUAUGUGAAAUAAUGGAAUCAAUGAUUUGUUAAAAUGACCACGACAUCACACUGUUGAAAGGCUACUGAUGUGCUGUAAAAAUACUACAAAUUUCUUCAUUCGCUUUGUCAAGUCCCUGUACUGUAUGUUGUUGUUGUCUUGAAAUGACAAACUUGAUACAUUGCAUCAUAGUAGAUUUGUGAUGGUCAGAUAACGUAACACAAUGUUUUUGGGGGUAGAUAUCAAAUGACCCACAAGAGACUCGGUAGAUUCAAGUGAUUUGUAUGUGUGUCAUGUGAUUUACCAGUACACUAGUAGUGUCCAAGUUCUCAUGUCCUGAGUCCGAACAAGCUUUUUGUGUUACAUGUUAACACAACAACACCCCAAAACAAUACUGUGCAUUUGGUUUUUCUAUAAAAAAACAAACAUUUGCUAUGAUUUUUUAUGACUCAGUCUAUGCUUCCUUAAAUAGAAUACAUAUUAAUAUUCAGAGGAAUGUAUCUCACACAAAGCUUCCUCUCUCAGCCAAAAUGAAGAUAGAGUUGGUGUCCCAAAUGCCAACCUAUUCCUUACAUAGUGCAUAAAGCACUAUGGACCCUGGUGGAAGUAAUGCACUAUGUCGGGAAUAGGGUACAGAUUACGACACACCCUCAGCGUCACAAACCUGGCGAUGGGAAGACUAAUAAUUUCAACACAAACAUCCCCUUUCUAUUCAACCUCAUGCUGCGUUCAGAAUGCAGAUAGAUGCAUGCAUCAUUGCCUUUAGAAACACUGUGUGUACAGUUAUACCCCCAGCAAAGUGAGAAGAGCAAAUUGCAGCUGUCAUUCAUUAAAAUGGAUUUCACUUCCAUCACAGUGACAAGGGUUCACUAAAACAUCCCACAGAGAGAGAGAUGGAGAGAGGGGAGGGGGAGGGCUGGUCAGAGAGGGAGAGAGAGGGAGCGAAAGCGAGAGAUAAAGAGAGAAGAAAUAAGUGAGGGAAGGAGCGAUAUGUGCUGGAAAGUGAGAGAAUGAGAAAAGUAAAAGAUUCUUUCCAUAUUCAAUGUGGAUAAAAAAUUAUGUAUUUUGAAAAGGAAUGUUUACAACGUUGAGUUUUUUCCCCAAGAGCUGCAAGGUGGUCAGUUCAUUUGGAAGGAUUUGAUGAUACAAUGAGCACAGGUAGUUACAACAUGUAGUUACAACAGUCUGUUACAACGGUAGUUACAACAGGCUUUUACAACAGGUAGUUACAACAGGCUGUUACAACAGUAGUUACAACAGGUAGUUACAACAGGUAGUUACAACAGGUAGUUACAACAGGCUGUUACAACGGUAGUUACAACAGGCUUUUACAACAGGCUUUUACAACAGGUAGUUACAACAGGCUGUUACAACAGUAGUUACAACAGGUAGUUACAACAGGUAGUUACAACAGGCUGUUACAACAGUAAUUACAACAGGUGGUUACAACAUGUAGUUACAACAUGUAGUUAUAACAGGCUGUUAUAACAGGUAGUUACAACAGGCUGUUACAACAGGUAGUUACAACAGGCUGUUACAACAGUAGUUAGAACAGGUAGUUACAACAUGUAGUUAUAACAGGCUGUUAUAACAGGUAGUUACAACAGGCUGUUACAACAGGUAGAUAGACACACAAGUAGGCCUAGUCACAUCAAACUAAAUGCAAAUAGGUACAUUGUUGUUGUGUGUGAGAAGGAACUUGAAAUCCCUUUAAAUCGUUGUAUUUGAAUGUUGUGCUACUGUACAGCAUUUUGCACUGUCUUGUCCUGUAGAGCGGAGGCCAUGAGUUCAUGCCUCAUGGAUUUGUAAUGGGUUUAGGAGACUUUUUCUUUCAAUACAUGUACCGUACUGCAAAUGAAGAAAGCACAGUGUAGCCAAGCCAAGGAGUCUGGAAGAAUAUUUAAGUGCCUGAAAUUCUUAUCUCACAUUUUCUGUUUCUCAUUUUAACCAAAUUAUUUCACAUUCAGAGUCGGUUUCUGGACAUGAAAGAAGAAAGCAUAGUGUUUCACAGACAAAGGUGUAUGUGUUUUGGAAUCCUUUCAUGUCCAGGAUAGUGUAUAUAGUACCAACACAAAGGAGAAAUUAACUCUUUAUUGUUUGCUUUGAAAGAGCUGAUAGAAGUGAAAUGUACUUUGAUAUCCUAGUUUUCCACUGUCUCACUCAAACGAAGACGUGAAAGUAACAUAAAACACAGAGAAUGUGGUUGUUGUCUUUCUUCUCUGCCUGUCAAUUUUCUUUUCUUUAGGGAAAAAAGCUGAAGCUUUGUGAUAAAACUCAAGACCUCACACUGAUAAAACCAUCCAUACAUUGUAAAGGCAUGUCAUAAAUCGAAAUAAAGGAAAUAUGGACACUC